UUUCGUCCGGUUUUCAUCCCUUCUUUCCUCCCCCCCUUCCACCCCCCAUUCGGUCGUCUCAGCCUGGUUCCCGGCAGGCACGUUAUGAAAUGAGACUAUCCUACCGGAUUGGUGCGGCCGCACUCAUCAUCCUCGCCAUCAUUCUUAUCAAACGCCACCUCGAUCUCGUCCAGGAUGAUGCGCGCGUCCAGUCCGGCUGGAGCUUCAGCUCCUUCUCCGCCGAAUCAGCAGCCGACGGCACCAGCAAUACCAAUGCCAAUGCCAAUGCCAACCCCGACACCAAUGUGAACUCCGACAGUGCCACCGCCCCCAACAGCGACCGGGUAUCAACUCCGAAGAGCAAACCGAAACUCACCGGCAGCGACAUGACCAACAGCAAAGAUUCGGAUGCAGCAGCGCGUCCGAUGUACGAAACUACCCCGAUCAUCGUCCCCAACGACCGUGUCAUCGUCAUGGCAAGAUUAUCCUCCGAGGAUACCAGCUGGGUGAGCACCGAUUUGAACGAAUGGCGCAACGUAAUCUACACCGUCGACGACACCACCGCAACCCGCCACACCCCCAAGAACAAGGGCCGCGAAGCCCUCGCCUACCUCCAAUACAUCGUGGACCAUUACGACGACCUCCCCAGCACCAUUGUCUUCAUCCACAGUCACAAAGACGGCUGGCCCGGCGCCUGGCACACCGACACCAUGGCCUACAGCAAUGUCGACUCCAUCCGAGCCCUGCAAACCGAGUUCGUUCAACGCAAUGGCUACGUCAAUCUCCGCUGUCAGCAGACCCCCGGCUGUCCGGAUGAGAUUCGUCCGUUCCGCGACCCCCCGCAGUUUGGGCGCACCACGGAGCGCGUCUACGCGCAAUCGUGGAUCGAGUUGUUCAAUAACACGGAUGUCCCCGAGGUGGUUGGUGUCGCGUGUUGUUCGCAAUUCGCCGUGUCCAAGGAGCAGGUGCUCAAGCGGCCGUUGGACCAUUACCAAUGGUUUUAUGAUUGGGUGUUGAAUACGAGUUUAUCGGAUGAUUUGGCCGCUCAUGUGAUGGAGUAUAGUUGGCAUAUUAUUUUUGGUCAGGAGGCUGUUUACUGCCCCGACGCCUACCAAUGCUACCAGGAUGUCUACGGAAAUCCUUAUUUCUGGUGAUUCAUCUGUACAGAAUACCCCUUUUGUUAUACCUUGCUUCUUUCUUCCCUUUUAUUCUCUUCUCCUCUUCAUUUCUAUCUUGUAAUCUCUUGCUCAAUCCGGUUCUGCAUCUGACGACUCACGUACGUAACCUGGUUGCUUUCUUUUUCCUAUUUUUUGAACUGGUGUUAGCUGUAUAUGAUUGGGAUUUGGUAAAAGUCGUCAUUGAGCAAUAUAUAUGAUUCUUCUUCAUUACUUAGAUCUUGGUGUUUCGGCUAGGCUGGUUGAUCUAGAUCGUAAGUAAAAGGAGAGUCUGCUUUUGCAGAUACCAUUAUUGAAUACGGGGUAAGGACUCCAUACGUCCCUGC